AUUAACGAUAGAACGACGAUAAUAAGCCGCAACUAAGGUAGGGUAACGUCGUUAGCUAUCUUCCAAUGCAGAUUCUACGUUAUUCAAUCGGUUCAUUUGCAAGAGUUAAAAACAAAUACUCGACUAACAUCAUAAAAUUACGAAAAAUGAGUCUCACACCUACGACGGCAAACACAAAAUCUAUUGUUGCCAUAACUCAGAUGCGUAGUACAAAUGACAAGGGGGAUAAUAUGCGUCAAGUGGAAAAAUUACUAGCAGAGGCCAAAAAGCAGUCAGCAGAAUUUGUUUUCCUGCCAGAAUGCUGUGAUUUUGUGGGAGAAAACCGUGAUCAAGCUCUCGAACUAUCAGAGCCAUUAACUGGCCCCACCAUGGAGCAAUACCAAUGUUUGGCCAAAGAAAAUAAUAUGUGGCUUUCGCUAGGUGGCAUACAUGAAUCUGUAUUGGAUGAAUAUGAACGCAAGACGGACAAGAUCUACAAUGCCCAUGUGCUGAUUAAUAACAAAGGAGAAUUGGUGAAGAUUUAUAGAAAACUACAUUUGUUUGAUGUUGAGACACCAGAGUUCACCUUUCGUGAAUCUAAAGUUGUAAAGGCCGGACCUCGUUUGUUACCUCCCGUCGAUACCCCCAUUGGCAAAAUUGGACUUCAAAUUUGUUAUGACAUGCGUUUUGCUGAAAGUAGUCUAAUUCUAAGAAAGCAAGGAGCCGAAAUAUUGACAUAUCCCUCUGCUUUUUCUUAUCCCACCGGUAAGGCACAUUGGGAAAUAUUGCUGCGUGCCCGCGCCAUUGAGAACCAAUGUUUUGUCCUAGCCCCGGCUCAGAUAGGCUAUCACAAUGAAAAACGACGAAGCUGGGGCCAUGCCAUGGCUGUUAAUCCAUGGGGAAAAGUUCUAGCAGAUUUGGGAGAAAAGGACGAUUUAAAAGUUGCAUCGAUUGAAAUCGAUUUGAGCACCCUAGAGCCAAUACGAGCCUCCAUGCCUUGUUUCGAGCAUAGACGCGAUGACAUUUACAGUCUGGCCACAUAUGGAGAUGGUACCACCGAACCCCAACAGGAUCGUACAUUUGCUAAGAAUAUUAUCAACAAGGAUACAAUUUUUUUGGAAACUCCAUACUGUUUUGCAUUUACCAAUCUGUGUUGCGUUGUAGAGGGUCACGUAUUGGUCUCAACAAAACGUUGUGUAACUCGAUUGAAUAGCUUAAAUUCGGCAGAGAUGAGUGAUUUGUUUAACACUGUAUGUCGAAUUCAACGAAUGCUGGAAGGUAUUUACAAGACGACGGCCGCUACAGUGACCGUGCAGGAUGGACCCGACGCUGGUCAAACGGUACCACAUGUACAUUUCCAUGUCAUGCCACGACGUCCUGGUGACUUUAAACACAACGAUCAAGUAUACGUUAAAUUAGAGGACCAGGUUGAGGACAAGACACCACGUUCUAUGGAGGAGCGUGUAGCUGAAGCUCGUAAAUAUAGAAAUGCUCUAAAAGCAAUGAAAUUAUAAUGGCAUUGUUAUGGCACAUAAUGCGAUAAUAAACAAUGAUUAGAUAAAAUAUACAAAAUUAAAUAUA